AUGGUACUUGCCUACCUAGGUACCUGGAGGUAGUAGUGUAUAUACAUACGUCCAUGGAACUGGUUAAAAGUUUACCGCAUAAGAAGAGACACCUAAGGCACCCGAAAGCUUCAAACAAGUACGACUAGGAGGUGCCUAUCUAGGUACCUAAGGUACCUCCCUCCUAAAAUGGAUACUGAAGCUUGCCGGUUGACUCACACGUUGGUCACCUGUAGGCAGGUGCCUACCACAGCCACACGCAGCCUCUACGAUAGGCAGGUACCUCCUGAGGUACAUGUACCAUGGUACUUGGACGGUGAAGCUACCUCGCCAUAUUUUUACUAUAAUCCAUAAGGAUACCUCUAGUAAGAGGUACCUACCUCUACCUAAUGCUUCAAUGGGAAUGCUGGAAAUCCAUGUUUCCCUUAUAGGAGGUACCUGGUAUCUUAGGUAUCUCUGCCUAAGGCGUGGUGGGGUGGGGGGAAGAGGUUGACACUUCGGCGUAGUCAAUCCUCUCUUUCGUCAUCCCACCGAAACUUCAACGUAUUAUUAUAAACAAGCAUACACUUCUUCUCUUCUCUCCUCGUUUUCUCUCCCCUCUUCUCGGCGCGAGUUGUUGCUCAUCGCUUCUCCUCUAUACAGCCUCUACAAAUCCGCUUCCCGGAGCGAUUGAGUUCUAGAAAUGGAUCCCAACCACGACGAUCUGCUGCGCCGGCCCCUCUAUGUCUACAACCUCCCUGUUCAGGUCCUCACCACCCUUUCACUAAAGAGAGAGGGCGAUAUCGCCGUCGAUUUCCGAGAGCCGCCAGCUAGAGAAACGGCCGAGAAGUCUAUACCAAAUGCCCGGGAGCCAGCCCCGGGUGCGUCGCCCAACAGCUCGCCAUCCGACGCCAGAGUUGCCGUAGUGGGGCCUCAGUCCUGCUCUCUCUGCGCGCUCUCCUUUGUCAACGUUGAGGAGCAGCGCGGACACCUCAAGUCUGACCUGCACAACUACAACUUGAAACUAAAGCUCCGGGGUCGAAGCCCCGUCUCCGAGGCCGAAUUUGAAAAGCUGAUCGCUGACCUGGACGAGAGUCUUUCGGGCUCCGACGACUCAACCGACUCCGCCGAAGAAGAGGACGACGAGACCGGCAACGGUGGCAAGGAGGGCAACAUUCUCACAGCACUCUUAAAGAAGCAGGCUACCCUUGCGGAAAGAAAUAAUAGCGGCGCCCAGGACGAUGUAGGUGAACAUCCGAGGAAGAAACAGAAGGGCAGCGGCAAACCGCCACUACUGUGGUUUAGUUCCUCUGCGCUGCCUCAGAACACCUAUUUCGGUAUCUAUCGUGCCAUAUUUACCGCGGAAGAGUCUAAGGACGAAAGCCGAAUCGUCGAGACCAUCGAGAAGAAGCAGCUAGGGCCGGUGGCUGCGCCGAAGCCGGGUCCGGAUGGCAACCUAGCACCGGCCGCCUACAGGGGACCUCACUUUUUUCUCUGUAUGAUCGGGGGCGGUCACUUCGCAGGCAUGGUAGUGUCACUUGCCCCGCGACAAACGAAGCACGGGACAGGAGGUCCUUUGAGCAGGGAGGCCACCGUCUUAGCGCAUAAGACUUUUCACCGAUACACUACGAGGAGAAAACAAGGCGGUUCACAGUCGGCGAACGACAACGCAAAGGGCAAUGCGCACUCGGCCGGUUCGAGCAUUCGUCGGUACAACGAGCAGGCCUUGACGGACGAGGUACGGCUUCUCCUGCAAGAAUGGAAGGGCCUCCUCGACACGGCAGAGCUACUGUUCAUCCGUGCGACGGGAUCCACGAACCGAAGAACACUCUUCGGCCCCUACGAGGGCCAAAUCCUACGGGCUAACGAUCCGCGCAUACGAGGUUUCCCAUUCAGCACCAGAAGAGCAACGCAAAACGAGCUGAUGAGGUCCUUCAUCGAGUUGACCCGGUUGAAGGUCCGCGAGAUCGACCCGAACCUAACUGCGGAGACGGGCGGUGAAUCGCCGGCAAAGGCAACCGUUGUCAAGCCCGUAAAGCCGACCGCUCCAAAGCUCAGCGAAGAGGAAGAAACGGCAUUAUUACACACCUCGCAGUUACAGGCAUUCAUACGAAGAUCAAAGCUCCCCGCCCUGUUGUCCUACCUGAAGAGCAACGACCUACCUGCCGAUUUCCGCUUUCAGCCGGCGGACACGCAGCAGAACCACCACGCGCCGACCCCUUUACAUCUAGCCGCUAACCAGAACUCGGCGCCACUGGUAUCGGGGCUGCUGGCGAAGGCGGGCGCGGACCCGACAAUCCGGAACCUGGAAGGCCGGACGGCAUUCGAGCUCGCAGGCGACCGGCCGACGAGGGACGCGUUCCGGGUGGCGCGCGACGAGCUCGGCGAGGCGCGGUGGGACUGGGAGGCGGCCCGGGUGCCGGCGGCGCUGGCGCGGGCGGAGACAGAGAAGCGCGACGAGCGCGAGCGCAGGGAGGGGGAGCGCAGGGAGGCGGAGAGGCGCCGGGCCGAGGAGCAGCGGCUCCGCCGCGAAGGGCCCAAGGUGCCGGACCGCCCAGACGGCAAGGGGCGCGGCAGGAGCCUGCUCGACGGCGCGGGCGGCGCGCCCAAGUCGGCGCAGGAGAAGCGCGAGGAGGAGGCGCGCGGCCUCACGCCCGAGCAACGGAUGAGGCUGGACCGCGAGCGCAGGGCGCGCGCCGCCGAGGAGAGGAUACGAAGGAUGGCGGCCGGCGCCGGCGGUAGCAGCUAGACAGGCCAGGCCUGCCUGGUACUCCUCGAGGGCCGCAAGGAGAAGGGGGUUCAAGCGUGUAAUGAGGUGGCAGGUGAGCGAGUAAUUGAGCGUUGCAAGUAGCGAACUGGGAUACUGGUCUUACCCCCUGAGGGGCCGA